UCUGUAGAGGUGCUGGCCUUGUCCGGAUACCGUGCGCAGAAGGAAGGCGAGCUGAGUCUGGCGCCCGGGGACGUGGUCCGGCAGGUGUGCAAGGGGCCCUUACGGGGCUGGCUGCGCGGAGAGCUGGGAGGCCACUGUGGCCUUUUCCCGGAGCGUCUGGUGCAGGAGAUUCCAGAGAGUCUGCGCGGUGCGGGUGAGCCCCGGAGACCGCGCUGUGCGCGCCGCCAAGGUCACCUUGCUAAAUCUCGGGGCUCCCAAAGAUGGUGCAAAGUGAACUUCAACUACAACCCGGAGCAGAAGGACGAGUUAAAGCUGCAAGCUGGGGAGAUUGUGGAAGUGAUAAAGGAGAUUGAGGACGGCUGGUGGCUGGGGAAGAAGAACGGGCAGCUGGGAGCCUUCCCAUCCAACUUUGUGGAGUUGCUGGACAGUGGGGCCCCAAGCCUUGACAAUCCAGACAUGCCUUCAAUCAGCCCCGACCCCCAGCGACCUCCCAAGCUGAGCAGCCUGACCUAUGACAGCCCUCCAGACUAUCUUCGGACAGUCUCCCACCCUGAGACCUACAGGGUCCUGUUCGACUACCAGCCCGAGGCCCCAGACGAGUUGGCACUACGGAGAGGAGAUGUGGUGAAAGUCCUGAGGAAGACGACAGAGGAUAAGGGCUGGUGGGAAGGUGAGUCUCAAGGCAGAAGAGGAGUUUUCCCAGACAACUUUGUGCUUCCACCACCCCCACUCAAGAAGCUGGCCCCUCGGAAAGUGGCAUGUCGGAAAUCUGCUCCUAUUAAGGAACCAAAACCAAGAAAGAUGGUGCCCAAAACAACCCCCUCCACAGUCAAGAAGCUGGUUACAGUCCCCACUGAGCCCAGCAAAGCCAAGCCAUUGGGCACACCCAGUGGAGAUGGUCAGAAGCGUCCCUCCCGGGACCCUGGCUCCAGUGGCAGCUUCCUCAGUGGGAGUCCAGGUCACCCUGGAAGAAAGCGACCCAAAACUCAGGUUUCCAGGCAGUGCUCUGUAUCCGGUCAGGUGAGAGGCCCCAACACUCAAGACAGGAGAGGAGAGUGUUGGGCAGAGUCUGGUUUGCCCAGCAAGGGUGAAGGCGUGGACGGCAGGCCAAGGGGGAACCAGACUCAGAAUGUCCUUGUACCCAGUCCUCAGUUGAAAUCUCCCCGAUCACUGCAGGAAGAAGAGCAGAACAGCCUUUCAAAGGCUCCUCCUGCAAAUAAAACCCCCACUCUGGGUGAUACCCCCAUUUCUAAGAAGACUCCACCACCAGGAAAGACCUCCACCCUAGAGGAAACCCUGAUACCAGAUAAGGUUCCUACCCCAGAGGAGACCCCAACCUUGGAGGAAAAAGCCCCUGCCCCAGAGAACCCCAUCCCAGAGGAGACCCAGAAUCUGGAGGACAAGACUGUCACUCCUGAGGAGACCCCAUCUCUGGAGGACGAGGGCCCUGCCCCGGUGGAGACCCUGACUCUGGAGGCCAAGGCUCCCACUCUAAAGUGGGUCUUCUCUGUGGUGGAAGGCCCUGCCCCAGAAAUGCCUCCUAAAGAUGAUGCCCUUGACCCUAAGGUGGUCCCAGCUGGGGAUGAGGCCCUCACCCUAGAGGAGGUCUUGACCCCAGAGCAGGUGCUCCCUGAAAAGGUCUCCACCCAAGACAGCACUCAGUUGCAUCACUUCACUCCAGAGGAAACCCUGGGGAAAGUCAAGCCUCUUGUAGCCAGUAAGAUGCAACCUCAAGAGGAGGUACACAUGCCAGAGGACCCCCCCCUUUCCAUGAUGGAGCACCCCCUGAAAAAGAGGGACAACUCCCCUCUUCACUGUGAAUCCAAGGUCAAGCCCCCGUCCAUACCUGCCCAUGGGAAAGCCCAAACCCAGAAAGAGGCUCCAGCCCUCCUGGAGGAUGCACCUUGGAAGGAUGAAGCUAACCUGCAACAGGCGGUACCCCCCAAAGAGGGGGUGUCCCACAAAAAGAUAACCCCGGCUCAGAAGAAUCCACAACCUAUCAAACUGACUCCAGACUCCCAAGGAGCUCACACCUUCCAUUCCUUGGUCCCCCAAACUCCCGCCGACAGAAGUGACAGAGAAGAAAUAAUAAUGCUUAAGGCCGAGGUGGAGUCUUUAAGGAUGUCACUGGAGCAGAUGGGGGUGCAGCUGGAAAGUAAGCUGAACAGUAUCUGGGAGGAGCUGAAGAGCGAGAGGGAGAAGCGCCAGUGGCUGGAGGUUCAACUGAAGCAGGUUCAGGAGCUGAAGACCCAGGAGGCCCAAACCAAGGGCUCCAUCCACUCACAGACGUACUGAGGGCAGGCCCGAGAGGGAUACUGUGGGGCCUGAGGGGAGUUCCGGCUCGGGCCACCCAU